AUGGCUCCUCCGGAGUCAGAGCGCAUAGCGUCCGCUCAACAAACACUCGACAUUCUACAUGAAAUGUCACAGUUGCUCAACACACAGCUCGAUAAAGAGACUCUGACGACGUGCGUAAGAUUGAUUGAAAGUGGAGUGAAUCCGGAAGCAUUGGCGGCAGUCAUUGAAGAGCUGAGAAGGGAGAAUUUGGUCCGUAAUGGAGGCUCAAGGAGCUGA